UUCUUCAUCUUCUUCCUUCCUCCCCUCCAAACCCUGCAAUUUCUAUUAAGGUUCUUUCUUUCUCCCUGCUUGAAUCCAUCAGAUCUAUCUCUCUUUUCUUCUCAUUCUUUUUUCUCCAAUUUUAUUUUCUUUUAUAUCGACGAAAACCUUUUCGAUGUCACUAAAAUCAGACGCCGGUUACGGCACUCUUCCGGCCACCGCGGCUACUACAACCAAUGUGCAAUCCCCUUCCGCCUCGACAUCUUCUCCGAUUUCUUUUGUCUCACGCGCCAGGCAGACAACGCAAUCGCUGAUCGCCACGCUCCGGCCAUGGAAGGAGCUUCUCGACCCCAGCGCCAUUUCUCGACCCUUCAACUACGCCGAAGCAAUUAGCCGUAUCAGGUAUAAUAUCAAUUACUUCCGUAUGAACUACGCGCUGGUCAUGCUUUGUAUCCUCUUCCUCAGUCUGCUAUGGCACCCGAUUUCAAUGAUCGUGUUCUUGGUUAUUUUCAUUGGUUGGUUCUUCUUUUACUUCUUCCGAGAUAAUCCGGUUGUUAUUAUGGGUCAUACUUUCGAUGACCGGGUCGUGUUGGGUGUUCUGAGUAUAGUGACUGUGGUUGCUUUGGUUUUCACUCAUGUGGGUCUGAAUGUGCUUGUCUCGUUGAUCAUUGGAGUGGUUCUUGUUGGCAUUCAUGCUGCUGUUCGAGGCACUGAUGAUUUGUUUCUUGAUGAGGAAAGUGCAGCUGAAGGAGGGUUGCUUUCGGUUGUUGGCAGCCAGCCAUUGCGGCAAACGGGUUAUACUCGGAUUGGAUGAUUUGGUAAUUCUCUUUUGGGGUAAUUGUGGUAAGAGCAGCAAUUAGUUCUUGUCUUGUUGGGUGUAUUUUGGUUGUGGUGUUAUUGAUUCAAGCUUGAAAUUUGAAAGAUGGGGAAGAAAACUUCAGUUGCCAGUAGGAAGAGGGUGAUUUGGAUUUAAGCAAAUUCGGUCAUUUUUCGGGUGCAAAGUUCGGAACUUGGUGAGAUCAAGGUGUUGAGUAUAAGCCAAAAUUGAGACUGAACUCAUGUUUUAGUGGUUGCAGCAGCGUGGGGAAGGUGAUUUCUUUGUUAUUCUCUAUGAAUGACUAAUCUUUCUUGGCGAAAAACUUGGUCUCAGUCUUCUUGAAGUGCUAUUACUAAUUUGUCCAUUUCUUCUGUAUGUUAAAAGCUCAAAAAUCCUGUAUGUUUUACACAUUUCAAAAACAUAAUGAACUGGGUUUAGACUGUUCUCUUAGUUGAAAUGUUAUAAGGAAUAUCUUGCGGUUGUUAUUCAAUAUUUUGUAUCCGGAUGCAGUUAGUAUCUGUAUGGUGUUUGUUGAUCAUUGUGCUUUCUAUCAGUUCCUCUCUCAUAGUAGAUUGGUCUUGAGAUAAAUCAAAGCUAGAUGAUGAUAUUUCUGCUA